AUGUCAAAGAAGGAAGUUAAAGCCCCAAAGGUUGUUGAGUUGCUCUCCGCCAAGAUUGGUGCCAAGCCAAACGAAGAAGUCUUCGCUGUUGCCCAUAUCUUUGCCUCUUUCAAUGAUACUUUCGUCCACAUUACUGAUCUUUCCUCAAAGGAAACUAUCAUCCGUAUCACUGGUGGUAUGAUGGUCAAGACUGAUCGUGAUGAAUCCUCCCCAUACGCUGCUACCAUGGCCGCCCAAGCCGUCGCUGCUCGUUGCAAGGAAGUUGGUGUCACUGCCCUCCACGUUAAGCUCAGAGCUACCGGUGGUACUGGUUCCAAGACCCCAGGUCCAGGUGCUCAAUCUGCUUUGCGUUCUCUUGCUCGUUCUGGCAUGAAAAUCGGUAGAAUUGAAGAUGUCACUCCGAUUCCAAGUGACAGUACAAGAAGAAAAGGAGGCCAUCGCGGUAGAAGAUUAGAUGAACAUGGUUAUGGAAACCGUGCCAAAUACCAAUGUCUAACCUGUACUGGCGGCAUUACAGUAUCUUACAAGGUCCUCAUCAACUGUACCUACGAAAACAAUGAGAAUUAUCUUAUGUUGUUCGCUGUCCGUUCAAAAUUACCAUCAACAAGAGAACUCUGUGUGAUCUCUCCAUCUCCUUGUAUUCAAUGCUUUUUUUGUUGUGACAACUCGAGGCAAACUUUGGCUAUCAUCUUUGCAAGCGAUGAUGGGGCCAUUUCUUUUCAAGAUAUCCAUCAAUCUUGA